CGCGGCCCCGCGAUCCCGCCCGCCGGGGGCUGGGCCCCGAGGGGCCGCCCUGCGUCCGCCGCCCUCCCCGCCUCGCCCGGCGGCGGCGCGGGGCGCGGGCCCGCCAUGGAGAGAUACGAGGUACUGGAGCGGCUGCAGCCCGGGGCGCUGGGGACUAUGCUGGUAGUUGGAUUGAAAACAGAGGAGAGCGUGGGGGAGAAAUAUGUCAUGAAGCAGGUUGAAUGCGUUGAAGAAAAGCAAGCAAAUAAGGCCUUGAAGGAGGCAGUGGGUUUGCUGAAACUUCAUCAUUCAAGCAUCUGUGCUUACAAGGAAUUGUUUGUGACGUGGGAUAAUAAGAUAUCAUCUCUGUUCCUUUGUCUGGUAAUGCAGCACUCGGGCCAAGGAGAUCUUUCAUCUCUGAUCAAGGAAAAAAGGCAGAAGUCAGAGAAAAUAACAGACAAGGUGAUUCUGAAGUUCCUGGGACAGAUGGUGGAUGCUUUGUUUUAUAUACACAAACAAAAUAUUAUUCACAGAAAUCUCAAGCCAUCGAACAUUCUUGUAACUAAUGAAGCAUCCUUCAUGCUUUGUGACUUCAGUACAGAAGCACUUAUGACUGAUGAAAUGAAAUGGAAAAUAAGAGUGGAAGAAAAUAGCAAGUCUUGGAUGGCUCCAGAAACACUCAGUUUUUCUUUUAGUGAGAAAUCUGACAUCUGGUCUCUAGGUUGUAUUCUACUUGACAUGAUGACCUGCUUUCUUCUGAAUACACAAGAGAUAACUUCAUUACUGCAGGAUAUUAGACAGGAUACCAGCCGUCUUGAGGGAGUUCUGACAUUAAUGCAAAAUGGAGAUAACAGCUCUCCGCCUUUAUUCACAAUUUUAUUUAUGAUGCUACAUAUUCAGCCCAGCAUGAGACCCACAGCAAAGGAUCUGACUGAUGUUCCAUUUAUUAGGGAAUGCCUGACUGUUGCUGGUUCCUCUUUAAUAAAACCAAAAAACUCUUUGCCUCUCAAUGUAAUAGACGUGCUCCUUGAGGGAGGAAUUGGCAGUGUUCUAGAGUUCAUGCAGGCUUACUGGGAUAGAGAAGAAGCACAGAUUAAAGCCGUAGAGCACCUUGCAAGCUUUUUAGGAGAUAAAAAUGCCUUACCCUCUCUGCUAACACUCACGGAACUGAUCACUUCUGCCAUGAAGACUCAUAUAGGUUCUCUCAAGUUACAGAUAGAUGGCUGCAGAUUACUGCUUGAAAUUCUUAGUCAAGCUCUAGAACAGGAUCUGGAUGUGGAAACACGUUUGGGUGACAAUGUGAUUAGCUCUCUGUUAGAGACAGUGAGAGAACAUUCUGAAAAUGAAGAGUUCCUUUCACUGGUCUGCACACUACUGAUGAUGAUUUCAGCCUGUGAAGUUGCUGCAGAGAAUCUAAGAAAAGCUGGAGCAAUUCCAGACCUUCUGAUGAUUAUAAGAAAUUUUCGUCAUAAUGAACAGAUUUGCCUCUCGUGCUGUGGAGUUCUCUGGAGCUUGGUUGUGAGUGGUAAUUUAGAGAACAACGUAGACCAAGCAUUGCUGAAAAGUGCUGUCUGUGCUAUCUCUGCUGUCCUUGAAGAGCACCUCCAGAAUGGAACGGUAGCUGAGACAGCUUGCUCAGCUCUAUGGGCAUUGUCACUCCAAGGUUGCUUAACUGAAAAUGAAUAUGAAUCCACAACAGCGCUUCUGCUAGGCGCUCUCAGGAUGAACCUGGAAAGACCGGUGCUGGUGAAGAAUGCCUGCCAAGCAUUAGCAAGUCUUCUAAGGCUAUCUGAAAUAUCAGCGUUCAGAUUUGUAACGGAUUCAAAAGGCAGCGGAAUAAAACUGAUCAAAGAUGCCUACCACUUUCACUGUGAUGAUCCAGAAGUGGUGGAGAAUAUCUGUACACUGAUUAAUGAAAUGGCUCAGUAUGAUGACAUUGUGCUGGAUAUGGUCUCCCAGAAGAUGAAAAAACUGCUGUCUGAAAUAAAAAGCCGGUUUCCGUCUAGCAUGCUAUUGCCUGGACCACUGUAAUGAACGCUGCAGCUGUAAGGCAUCACAAAAGAAAGCUCCCUCUUCCAUUAUAUAUGUCAUUUGUUGGCCCCCAUGUUCUCUUGUUGACCAGCAAGACAGACAGACAAGGCCAGAUCUCUCUCAUUCUGUCUAUACAAUGUGCAACACGGAACUGCUAAAUCUCUGAAACCCAUUCCUCGUUACCUUCCAGUAUCUGUUUAGGUUAUUUAAAUCACAGCAUUAUUAUCCAACCUGGUAAUUAGAAUUGCUUUGGAAUUUGCAGAUCAGAUACCCCAUCUGUUUAAAACAUCACUAGUUUUAAAGAUCUAUGUUAAACACAGGUUUUUUUAUUAAUAAAGGAAUAUAAAAAUAUGUGAAGCAACAAGGUAAUGUUGUAUUUCUCAAUUCUCACAUUUUUCUCCAGGAGAUAAUGAUCCUUGUGGAUGCAACACUUUUGAAACUGCAGAAGUGACAUAAAAGCUGUUUGUAUAAGAACAAGACCUGUAGGCUUCUGGUUCAGGUAUAAAAGCUUGGAUCCUUCUGAAAUAUUUUAAAAGAAUUUUGUCAUCAGAAAAUGAGACAGAUUGAUAUUGUGCCAUUAGUAAUACAUAAACACUUAUAUAUUCUGUUGAUUUAGUUACUAUAACUGUGAGACCAACCGCAGUAACCAAGAACUUGCCUUUGUAGGAUUUUAAAAUAUUUGAAAUAAAGAUUGUAGUCUUAGGAGUUUCAGCAAA